GGCCCAGCCGCGGAUAUGAAGCGGAGCCGCUGCCGCGACCGACCGCAGCCGCCGCCGCCGCCGCAGCCCGCCCGCCGGGAGGAUGGGGCUCAGCGGGCGGUGGAGUUGCCCCAGCCUCAGCCCCUGUCCCCACGCCGGCGAGCGCCGCCCGGGAGGCAGCGGCUGGAGGAGCGGACCGGGCCCCGGGGGCCCGAAGGCAAAGAGCAGGACGUGGUAACUGGACUUAGUCCCCUGCUCUUCAGGAAGCUCAGUAAUCCUGACAUAUUUUCAUCAACUGGAAAAGCUAAACUUCAACGACAACUUAGUCAGGAUGACUGUAAGUUACGGAGAGGGAGCCUCGCCAGUUCUCUGUCAGGUAAGCAGCUGCUCCCUUUGUCCAGCAGUGUACAUAGCAGCGUGGGACAGGUGACGUGGCAGUCUUCAGGAGAAGCGUCAAACCUGGUCCGAAUGAGAAACCAGUCCCUUGGACAGUCUGCACCUUCUCUUACUGCUGGCCUGAAGGAGUUGAGCCUUCCAAGAAGAGGCAGCUUAAUCUCUACUCUUUGCCGAGGAGCCGAAGUAAACCAUCACGUAUUUUCUUCCACAUCAACUCCAGCCCUCUGUCUCCCUAAAGUCCCAUUUAGUGCCGACUGUGUGCUGGCUACUUCUCCUCUUGUCUUUUUCCUGAACCCACAAGCCCACAGCAGUCCUGGCAGUCCCUGUUCCAGCCACCCACUGCAGUGGAGUUGUCGGACAAGUAACCGCAAGAGCUUGAUCGUGACCUCUAGCACAUCACCGACACUACCCCGGCCACAGUCACCACUUCAUGGCCACACCGGUAACAGUCCUUUGGACAGCCCCCGGAAUUUCUCUCCAAAUGCACCUGCUCACUUUUCCUUUGUUCCUGCCCGUAGCCAUGGCCACAGAGCAGACAGGACUGAUGGACGGCGCUGGUCUUUGGCCUCUUUACCUUCUUCAGGCUAUGGAACUAACACGCCUAGCUCCACUGUCUCUUCAUCAUGCUCCUCACAGGAGAAGCUGCAUCAGUUGCCUUUCCAGCCUACAGCUGAUGAGCUGCACUUUCUGACGAAGCAUUUCAGCACAGAGAGUGUACCAGAUGAGGAGGGACGGCAGUCUCCAGCCAUGCGGCCCCGCUCCCGCAGCCUCAGUCCUGGACGGUCCCCAGUUUCCUUUGACAGUGAAAUAAUAAUGAUGAAUCAUGUGUACAAAGAAAGAUUCCCCAAGGCCACUGCACAAAUGGAAGAACGACUAGCAGAGUUCAUUGCCUCCAAUACUCCAGACCACGUGCUGCCCCUGGCAGAUGGAGCCCUGAGCUUUAUUCAUCAUCAGGUGAUCGAGAUGGCCCGGGACUGCUUGGAUAAAUCUAAGAGUGGCCUCAUUACUUCACACUACUUCUAUGAACUUCAAGAGAAUUUGGAGAAGCUUCUGCAAGAUGCUCACGAACGCUCAGAGAGCUCAGAAGUGGCUUUUGUGAUGCAGCUAGUGAAAAAGCUGAUGAUGGUCAUCGCCCGCCCGGCCCGCCUGCUGGAAUGCCUGGAGUUUGACCCUGAAGAGUUCUACCACCUCUUAGAAGCAGCUGAGGGUCACGCCAAAGAGGGACAUGGGAUUAAAUGUGACAUUCCCCGCUACAUCGUCAGCCAGCUGGGCCUCACACGGGAUCCCCUCGAGGAAAUGGUCCAGUUGAGCAGCUAUGACAGUCCUGACACUCCAGAGACAGAUGAUUCCGUCGAGGGCCGUGGAGCAUCUCUGCCAUCUAAAAAGACACCUUCUGAAGAGGACUUCGAAACCAUUAAGCUCAUCAGCAAUGGCGCCUAUGGGGCUGUGUUCCUGGUGCGGCACAAGUCCACCCGGCAGCGCUUCGCCAUGAAGAAGAUCAACAAGCAGAACCUGAUCCUGCGGAACCAGAUCCAGCAGGCCUUUGUGGAGCGCGACAUACUGACUUUUGCCGAGAACCCCUUUGUGGUCAGCAUGUUCUGCUCCUUUGAGACCAAGCGUCACUUGUGCAUGGUGAUGGAGUAUGUGGAAGGGGGAGACUGUGCUACUUUGCUGAAGAACAUUGGGGCCUUGCCCGUGGACAUGGUGCGUCUGUACUUUGCGGAAACCGUGCUGGCCCUGGAGUACUUGCACAACUACGGCAUCGUGCACCGAGACCUCAAGCCUGACAACCUCCUGAUUACAUCCAUGGGUCACAUCAAGCUCACCGACUUCGGGCUUUCUAAAAUCGGCCUCAUGAGUCUGACAACAAACUUAUACGAGGGCCACAUCGAAAAGGAUGCCCGGGAGUUCCUGGACAAGCAGGUGUGUGGGACCCCAGAAUACAUAGCGCCUGAGGUGAUCCUGCGGCAAGGCUACGGGAAGCCUGUGGACUGGUGGGCCAUGGGCGUCAUCCUGUACGAGUUCCUGGUGGGCUGCGUGCCUUUCUUUGGAGACACGCCCGAGGAGCUCUUUGGGCAGGUGAUCAGUGAUGACAUUGUGUGGCCUGAGGGUGAUGAUGCGCUGCCCCCGGAUGCCCAGGACCUCACCUCCAAACUGCUGCACCAGAACCCUCUGGAGAGACUGGGCACAGGGAGUGCCUGCGAGGUGAAGCAGCACCCGUUCUUCACGGGCCUGGACUGGACAGGGCUUCUUCGUCAGAAGGCUGAGUUCAUCCCUCAGCUGGAGUCAGAGGAUGACACCAGCUACUUCGACACGCGCUCCGAGCGCUACCACCACGUGGAUUCAGAGGACGAGGAAGAAGUGAGUGAGGACGGCUGCCUUGAGAUCCGCCAGUUCUCUUCCUGCUCUCCACGGUUCAGCAAGGUGUACAGCAGCAUGGAGCGGCUCACACUGCUGGAGGAGCGCCGGACGCCGCCCCCCACCAAGCGCAGCCUGAGCGAGGAGAAGGAGGAGCGCUCGGAUGGCCUGGCAGGGCUGAAGGGCCGGGACCGGAGCUGGGUGAUUGGCUCCCCUGAGAUAUUGCGGAAGCGGCUGUCCGUGUCCGAGUCGUCCCACACGGAGAGUGACUCGAGCCCUCCAAUGACAGUGCGGCGCCGUUGCUCAGGCCUCCUGGAGGGGCCUCGCUUCCCUGAGGGCCCUGAAGAGGCCAGCAGCACCCCCAGGAGGCAGCAGCAGGAGGGAAUAUGGAUUCUGACACCCCCGUCAGGAGAGGGGGUACCUGGGCCUGUCCCCGAACGGCCUGUGGAGCGGUGGCUGAAGCUGGAUGAGGAGCCUGCUGGCCAGAGCUGUAGUUCCAGUCCAGCCAUGGAGACCCGAGGCCACAGUACCCUGCACCUGGCUGAGGGAGCCACGUCCAAGGCCAUCAGUGACCUGGCUGUGCGCAGGGCUCGCCACCGGUUGCUCUCUGGGGACUCUCUAGAGAAGCGCGCCACACGCCCUAUCAACAAAGUGAUCAAGUCCGCCUCGGCUACGGCCCUUUCCCUUCUCAUCCCCGCAGAGCACCACGCCUGCUCUCCACUGGCCAGUCCCAUGUCCCCACAUUCUCAGUCAUCCAACCCGUCAUCCAGGGACUCUUCUCCAAGCAGGGACUUCUUGCCAGCCCUCGGCAGCUUGAGGCCUCCCAUCGUCAUCCACCGAGCCGGCAAGAAGUAUGGCUUCACCCUGCGCGCCAUUCGGGUCUACAUGGGUGACUCAGACGUCUACACUGUGCACCACAUGGUGUGGCACGUGGAGGACGGAGGCCCCGCCAGCGAGGCAGGGCUCCGCCAGGGCGACCUCAUCACCCACGUGAACGGGGAGCCCGUGCAUGGGCUGGUGCACACCGAGGUGGUGGAGCUGAUCUUGAAGAGUGGAAACAAGGUGUCCAUUACCACAACUCCCCUGGAGAACACAUCCAUUAAAGUGGGACCAGCUCGGAAAGGCAGCUACAAGGCCAAGAUGGCCCGAAGAAGCAAGCGAAGCCGGGCCAAGGAUGGCCAGGAAAGCAGAAAACGGAGCUCCCUGUUCCGGAAGAUCACCAAGCAGGUGUCCCUGCUUCACACCAGCCGCAGCCUCUCAUCCCUCAACCGCUCCUUGUCAUCAGGGGAAAGCGGCCCGGGCUCCCCCACACACAGCCACAGCCUUUCUCCCCGGUCUCCCACUCAGGGCUACCGCGUGUCCGCGGAGGCCGUGCACUCAGUGGGAGGCAGCUCCUCACAGAGCAGCUCCCCCAGCUCCAGCGUGCCCAGCUCCCCAGCUGGCUCUGGCCACACCCGACCCAGCUCCCUACAUGGCCUGGCGCCCAAGCUCCAGCGCCAGUACCGCUCACCUCGGCGCAAGUCAGCCGGCAGCAUCCCACUGUCGCCACUGGCCCACACGCCUUCGCCACCGCCAGCGUCCUCCCCGCAGCGUUCCCCGUCGCCCCUCUCUGGCCACGGAGCCCAGGCCUUUCCUGCCAAGCUGCACCUGUCACCGCCCCUGGGCAGGCAACUCUCGCGGCCCAAGAGUGCAGAGCCGCCACGCUCACCGCUGCUUAAGAGGGUGCAGUCGGCCGAGAAGCUGGCUGCAUCCCGCAAGCACAGCCUGGAGCUGCCCCAUUCGGAGCUCAAGAAGGAGCUGCCGCCCCGGGAAGCCAGCCCUCUGGAAGGCGUUGGCACCAGGGGCGUGCUGUCCGGGAAAGGGGCGCUGCCGGGGAAGGGGGUGCUCCCGCCAGCUCCCUCCAGGGCCCUGGGCACCCUCCGGCAGGACCGAGCUGAGCGGCGAGAGUCGCUGCAGAAGCAAGAAGCUAUCCGUGAGGUGGACUCCUCGGAGGAUGACGCCGACGAGGGGCCUGAGGACAGCCGGGGAAGACUCGAGCCCGGCUCAGCACCUAACCCGGAAGCGGGCCAGAACCCACCCCUCAGCGGAGCAGGGCAGGGUGGGGAAGAGGACACCUGCUUGCCCAGGGCCCAGGGGCCAGCGGUCCCAGGCAAGCUGACAGGGGUCGUGCUGGGUUCUCCCAGAAUAGAAGGGCCCACUGUUGCCCAGAGGAAGCUUGGGAGCCCACAGGCCCUUGAGGAGGCUAGCAGGUCUUCCUCAGCAGCCCCCAGCCUGGGCAGGUCUGGACCCACAGCCCCCCACCCCCCUGAAGGCUGCUGGAAGGCCCGGCACUUGCACGGCCAGGCACUGUCAGCACUUUGUCCCAGCUCCUCAGAACUCAGACCCGCCGGUCACUCUGCUGUCGCCUGUACCUCUGCGAGCCCGGACAGGCGGCCCUGGAAAUGCCUCACCAAGGGCCCGGGCGAGGCGUCCCCCAGCAGAGAGGCCCCCGGGGGAGCUGGGCUGGGCAGCCAGCGGGAUUUGGAAACCACAGCUCCAGCCCACCAUGAGGACCUGUCGCUCAAGCAGGCAGUGAAGUCCCAGCCACCUGCUGACCCUGGCCUGGCCCGUCCACCCUGCGAGGCCCCCAGCCAGAGCUGGCUCUGGGAGCCUGUGUGUGUCCAAGGAGAGAAAGAGGAGCCAUCCCUGAGCAUCACUAAAGUGCCUGAUGCCUCAGGUGACAGGAGGCAGGAGGUCCCGUGCAGAAGCCGCCCCGCCACCCAAGAGACUGGCCUCAGCGUGCUCUGGAGAAGCAGGGAGCUAGGGGGCCAUCCAAAGCAUCAGGACUCGGCACCAGAUGAGCUUUUAAAGCAGACAUAGCAACUGUUUGCCAUUUCUUGCACUCAGACUUGUGUAAUACAUGCUCCUGGAAACCA